UAAUCAGCAGCAGCAGCAGCAGCUGGGCGCGCGCUCACUCCUUAACGCACGGGCAUGCUCUUGUGGACGCGCGAGCGCUUAGAAUAAUAGUAAUUAUACUUAUGAGAAUAACAACAACAACAACAGUAAUAAUUACUGCUAUCUGAUCGUUAUUCAUCUAAUCUACCGAAGUGUAAACGCGACUGGAGGCGGGACCGGACCUGAGGAAGUGAGAGAAAGCUUUCAGAGCCGCAGUGUCCUACACGCACCAUGUCCUCCGACGCCUCGUCCCCAGUGCGGGCAGCUCCAUCCUCGACCCCUCCACUGUCCCCUACUUCUCCUGUCUCGCCUAGCUCCCUGCGUCUGCCGCACAGACCCCGUUCGCCUUCGCCCAUGAGAGGGUACCUGAUCCCCAGCCCACUGCCCACCCGACGCACCCGCACCGUCUCUGCGACUGCACGGGCGUCCGCGGGUCCGGUCUUCAGCGGCGUCUGCAAGUGCUUCUCACGGUCCAAAGGUCACGGCUUCCUCAAGCCAUCGGAUGGAGGUGCUGACAUCUUCGUGCAUAUCUCAGAUAUCGAGGGAGAGUACGUUCCAGUAGAAGGAGACGAGGUGAGCUAUAAAAUCUGCUCAAUUCCACCCAAACAUGAGAAGGUUCAAGCCGUGGAGGUGACCAUAACCCACCUGGCACCAGGCACCAAACACGAGACAUGGUCAGGAAUAGUGAUCAACCCCUGAACCAGGCGGCCCGGUAACAGGCGGGAGCGACGCGGUGCUGGAUGUGGGAGAGACGCCUGAUGGCUGGUGGAAGAUGACGCUCGUCGUGAAUUUGUUUCAAAUAUCUUUCUUCUUUUUUUUUUCCUUUUUUUUGACACAAAAGGAGAAAUCUUCACUGACCGGUUUACUUACACUAACCGUUUGUAGUUCUGUAUCACUGGUUUUGUUUACUACUCAUUUUACUGAAAGAAAAAUUAAAUAAUAAAGCCUUAAUUCAUAUCAGAACCCUGGAA